AUGGCGACUGGGUCCAUCCAGCUCUCCCCUUACCCCGACUCUCCCGCUCACUAUUCCGACUUCGAUGACGAUGCAUCCUAUACUUAUUCUGCAUCUACCAACAGCUGGCAUGCAAGAUUCAUACAAGCCCUCCGCGGACACGAUUACUCUCCACUCCCCUCUCUUCCCCAAACAUCAAUAUCGCCGAAGAAAUUGCUACCGCGGGUCUUGGCACUAAUAUGGGUGCCCAUAGGCGUUGUAGCUGUCAUGGGUAUGCUAUACCUUUUUUACCCCUCUUCAAGAUACCACUAUGACUAUCUAUCCAUCCCUAUAUGCCAUGCCAAUAUUUCACGGCGGACCUCAAUUGAUCUCCAACAAUGGCAGACCAAAUACUCCCCUUCCGCUCUUUGCACGCCCACAAACCGACACUCAAUCCCAGAAUUAACAUACUCACAUUCCAGUACUUACGACCAGUUUACAAGCCAUCGCAAUGCAAGUCCCCCACCGUUCAGCCUGCUCCCUGUAACGCCGAUCCCCGGCGUGUGUCUAGAGGAUUACUUCAGUGGGCAACCGUGUAGCUGCACGGGUCAUGAGAACAUAACAGCAGAGCCGAUAGAUAUUGUUUGGGCUUGGGUGAAUGGGAGUGAUCCGUUGCACAUUGUAGCACUAGAAGAGACUCAGCGUGUGAACGGUUACGGUACUUCGAAGCCCAAACUCUACCGAAACCACAAUGAACUAAAAUAUUCCAUGCGCUCCGCCCUCAAGCAUUUUCGUCAUGGUCUUGGCUCUUUUCAUUUGUUGACGUCUGACAACGCGGCUGACGUCUCGGGGGAAGGCUCGGAGGAAAUACGGUACGGCCAACUUCCUCAGUGGCUAUCUGGUUCGCAAUGGCACGAUGGAAAUGUUUCAUUAGACAUUCAACAUCAUUCUCAAUUCUUUGUGCCCGGUGCCUAUUCUGGUCCUACGUUCAACAGCUUUGCCAUCGAGUCCCAGUUAGGCGACCUAUGCGGCGUUUCAGAGAAUUUCAUCUAUAUGAACGAUGACUACUUCUUCCAUGGUGACGUCGAGACGGAAGACUUCUAUACACACUUCUAUGGUCUAGUUCUUCGAUUCGAAUACUGGUUGGUCGUCCCUCCUCAGAACCCGUCUAAGAAGCCGCCGGAAGGGGAGUGGAGACCUCUCGAGUAUAGCAGCCAUCUGCUAUCUAAGCGGUUUGGAAACCGUUCGCGACCGUACAUUGUACACGCCCAAAAGGCGAUCAGUAUGCCCAUAAUGAACGAAAUGGCUGCCGGAAUGUGGGCUGAAGAGUUCAAUGCGACGGCUCGCCGACCAUUCAGAGGAAUGAACGGGCAUGGUGCACCCGGGGGUGAUAGUUCUCCCGUCCCUGAUGGCGACGACGUUCACCCUGGGUUCAUGUUCGGCAACUUCCUCAUUGAUCGCGCACGGGAAGCGCUCCUAUGGUCAUGGGUAGUGGCUCGUAUCGGUGGGAACGGAACACCCCCAUCCGAAGGUCGCGCUUGGGAUGAUGAAGAUGCGUGGACGUACGUCCACGCUUAUCGAGCGUGGAGUGAAAUCGGGGGUGAAGCUGGUGCAGCGUCCGUGUCAGUCGCGCAGCCCGAGAGGGAAACGCUCAGUUACGUCCGUGUUGAAGAUACUGUGCAUUCGAGAUUGGACCACAUGGAAAGCCAGUACUCGUUCUCUUCACAGGACGGAUGUCCGCUGGAGUAUACCUAUCCCAACUCACCCGGUCACCCACCCGGCCUUUCUUCAGAUCCGCAUUACACCAGUUACGGGUCUUCUCAGGCUGCGGAUUGCGUCGUCAGAUGGGACAAGUGCUUCGAGAAAAAAGGGGAGCCAAUAGCGACUGCGAGUGAAUUUUUCGUUCAUGUUGCCUUCGAGGAAGUCAGUUGCGGUGACUGCAUGAUCCGAGCGCUCAUGAGCGCCUCUGGACCUCUGGGCCUGUCCGAGUUUCUCCCGUCCCCAAACCGAACUAUUCCUUUACAAUUCUCCUUCUUGGCGGAUCGUAACGACACAGGGCUGAGCUCACCUCAUCUCCCGUUGACGACCGAAUAUCAUGCCAAGGAUUUUGUGCUGGAUACCGUGAUGGCUCCAUGGGCCCGGGAAGCCUUCAGGCGACGAGGCUGGGCAUCAGUGGAAGGUAUCAAUGUCAGAGAGUGGACCAUGAUGGUGUUGCAGAGGUAUCGCUAUGUUGUUGGGGAGCUACCGUUUAGGUUCGUGUCAAUAACGGAUGCCAGCGAAGCUCGCAGUACUGUUAAGGAGCUCCGAGAAAAUGAUAAACUCAGAUUGGUAUGUAUCAACGACGACGUGACUGAGGAAUCGGAUGUUCCGGCGGUGGACCAUGCGUUGCAAGGGUGGUUUUAUGAGAAAUGGCCAACACCAGCAGAGUGGGAGUCAGUAAGUUAA